AUGGUAGGGACGCUUGCAUGUGGGAACAUAGGGCAGAGGUCACGCAAGCUUGCUGAUCGCUUUAAGGGGGCCUGUGAUGGACAACACUUUCUAAUACCGUUCAAUGACGUGAAUCAUUGGGCUUUGACUGUUGUCAAACCUAAUGAAGAGGUAGUGUACUACAUGGACCCCCUUAAACGGAGUAUAGAUAGUCAGGAGUGGACUGAAGUGGUAGAUAAUGCUAUAGUUUUGUACAAGAGUACCAUGAACACACCUAUGUUGAAGAAGAAAGUGUCUUGGGAGAACAUGGCGGGCAUCCCGAUGCAAAAAGGGAGUGUAGACUGUGGCUUGUUUGUAAUGCGAUACAUGAAAGAGAUCUGUCAAGAUAAGGAGGUUCAAUUUGCUUCAAAGUGGGCGCGUCGGGGAAAUCUGGAAUACACCGAGGAUGACAUCAAUCAAACAAAGGUUGAAUUUGCGAAGUAUUUUAUGAGUCAUAAUGCCAUUUGAAUG